GCAGGUAUGAGACUCUAUGAGACUCUUGCAUUCCUGAUUCUCUAUCUCCCAUUCCCAAUAAUUUCAUAAUUUCGAGGGUUCCUCUAAGAAGUCAUCAGAACUAAGAACUGCGGCUUUCUGAUUUUCGGUUUUCAUCGUCCACACUCGUAGGGACCCAUCCUUAUUUCUCCUCUCAACCAGGGAUUUCGUCCAAGUGCACUUUCUAUCUCUUGUUGAGAGAAUGGGAGUUUGAAAUUUUGCUCUAUCCGAAGUCAUAGAGCGAAAUGGCAACUCCAGAAAAUAAUGGUCACUCGAACGAAGAAAGAUAUGGCUCAUUGAUGAAAAGUGGGGCCACUUCCCCCGUUAGGCCAGUGUUUAAGCGGCGUAAAGUUUCCGCCACUCGUGAUUUUCCUGAUGGGUGUGGACCAUAUGCUUCAAGGAUUGAUGAAGUAUCAAAUAUAAAUACUGCAGGUUGUGGUCCUAUUAAUGGUACAAUUGUUGAGGUUAAGAAUGGUGAACAUUUAGCGGGCGUGAAAAGUUGCACCUGUGAAAAUGAUGUUUGGCAGUCGGAGGUAAAAGGUUUUCUUCUUAUGGAGACUCUUGGCCCAACAGCUGACAGUGGUUUGGAUAAGGACAACCACAUGGUCUCAUCUUAUCAUGUGGAUGGAUCUACUGCUAAAGAUAAACCGGGAAUAGUGACUACUAGACAAAUAAAUGAUUGUGAAUCUACUGCUGAAGAUAAACCGGGAGUAGUGACUAAUAGCCAAACCACUGAUCGUGGUUUGAACAAGGAAAGCCCUGUAGACACAUCUCAUAGAGUGGAUGAACAUAUUACCGAAGAUGAAGCUGCAAAAGUGACUCUUGGGCGAACAACUGAAUGUAGUUUGAAUCAGGAAAACCCUGUGGUCUCAUCUCAUCAAGUAGAUGGGUCUACUCCAGAAGAUAACCCUGCAGAAGUGAAGCUUGGCCAAACAGGGGACUGCAGUUUGAGUCUGAAAAACCGCGAGGUCUCAUCACAUCAAGUGAAUGGGUGUAUUGCAGAAGAUAAACUGGCAAAAGUGACUGGUGAGCGAACAACUGACUGUGGUUUGAAUAAGGAAAACCCCGUGGUCUCAUCUCGUCUAGUGGAUGGCCCUACUGCAGAAGAUAAACCUGCAGAAGUACCUUUAAUGGACCACGAAACUCUGAAUACAGAAUUUGCAAGAACUGCAAACACUGGAAAAUGUGACUCCUCAUAUGUGUUGGAGUCGUCUUCACCAGUGGUUGAGAUGGCUGUGCCUGAUGAUUCAAAACACUUAUUAUCCAUUGAUAAUAUAUCUGCUUCCAGUGCUUGUAUGGUGGAGCCUAUAACUAGAAGGUAUCUUCCACAAAGAAAAGUUUCAGCUGUUAGAAACUUCCCUCCUUUAUGUGGACGUAAUGCUCCACGUCUGGGUAAGGACAAACAUGUGUGUCUAGAGGGGACCUCUUCUUUGAAUAACAAGACAGAAGGUCAACAGAACCUGGCUGUAGAUGACAAUCCGUUGAAAAAAGUAGCAACUACUGAUGUAAAAGAAGGUAAAAGUAAUAUUCAGGAUGAAUAUAAUUGCAAGAGAAAGCUUGUUGAUAUCGAUCAACUUGAUUCUGAAAGACAUUCUGCAGAGAGAUUGAAAAAGCUGCGUGCCUGUAGUCCAUCGUCUGAGAUGAAAAAGUCACCUGAAGUUGAAAGAGAAAAGUAUGCAUCACCCCCUGAAACAAGUAAUCAUCAUCAGAUCAAAAUAAAUUCUAAGACGGUGGUAAAAGAGAAAAAUAGGGAUGAGACAAAGCCUUCGAGUAUAUCUCAAUCUAAGCAUAAGUUGAAAGGCAAUUUUAAUAGAUUGCAGGUCACAUCACAGAGGAAAGUAAUACUAGGUUUGAUGACUGAUUCAGAAUGUCCGUGGAGGUCUGAUAAAGGUACCUCCAAAUUGAAGUUGGUUGCUGGUAAUAGUAAAGGCAAGAGAAAGAAAGGGGAUUCUUUUGCAUUGCCUGAUAGUUCUAGAACAGAGUAUAGUGGCUUGUUGAAUGAUUCUGAAAAGAAGCCUUUGAAAAAGAAAAAGGGAAGUCCUGCUUCUGAAGGUAUGGGUGAAUUAGUACUUUGGGAAAAGGAGGAUUAUCUUAACCCUAAUGAAAAUGUUGACCCUCUUCAAAUUGUUCUGAGAUCAAAUGAGUUUGAUGUAAACCUUACUCCCUCUUCUCAUUCUAAUUUCACUGGUGAUGAGAAUGACCCAAAUGUGACCCGAAAAAAAGUGAGGGAAACAUUACGGUUGUUUCAAGUUAUUUGUAGAAAGCUUCUACAGGAAGUAGAAUCAAAGUUAAAUGAGCGAGCAAAUAAUAAGAGAGUUGAUUUAGUUGCUUCAAAGAUCCUCAAGGAGCAUGGGAAAUAUAUCAACACAGGCAAGCAAAUACUAGGCUGUGUCCCUGGUGUUGAAGUUGGCGAUGAAUUUCAAUAUAGAGUGGAGCUUAAUAUAGUUGGCCUUCAUCGUCCAAUUCAAGGUGGCAUAGAUUAUGUGCGACACAACGGUAAGGUCCUUGCAACCAGUAUUGUUGCAUCAGGGGGCUAUGCUGACGAUUUGGAUAAUUCGGAUGUAUUGACAUAUACAGGGCAGGGUGGAAAUGUGAUGAACAGUGAUAAAGAACCUGAAGAUCAGAAGCUUGAGCGGGGCAAUCUUGCUUUGAUGAACAGUAGUAUUGAAAAGAAUCCUGUUAGAGUAAUUCGUGGCUGUGAGUCAGUGGAUGCAAAAUGCAGGACUUAUGUUUAUGAUGGGCUGUAUGUAGUCGAGGCAGGUUGGGAUGAACACGGACCACAUGGGAAGAAAAUUUUUAAAUUUCGACUGCUAAGAGAACCUGGUCAACCAGAGCUUCCUUUUAGAGAAGUGAAGAAAUCUAAAAAGUUCAAAACUAGAGAAGGUGUAUGUGUUGCUGAUAUUUCUCUUGGAAAGGAACGAAUUCCAAUAUGCGCCGUGAACACCAUAGAUGAUGAUAAACCUCCUCCGUUUAAUUACAUAACUAGCAUGAUAUACCCCAAAUUCCAUCUCCUUCCUGCCGAAGGAUGUGAUUGUAUUAAUGGAUGCUCAGAUGUGGAAAAAUGUUCGUGCGUAGUGAAGAAUGGGGGAGAGAUUCCAUUCAAUCACAAUGGGGCUAUUGUACAAGCAAAGCCUCUAGUCUAUGAGUGUGGACCUACUUGUAAGUGUCCUUCAACGUGCUACAAUAGAGUCAGCCAACUUGGCAUAAAGUUUCAACUUGAAAUAUUUAAAACCCAGUCAAGGGGAUGGGGUGUGAGAUCCCUGAGUUCAAUCCCUUCAGGAAGUUAUAUCUGUGAAUAUAUAGGGGAGCUUCUUGAAGAAAAGGAAGCUGAACUAAGGGCAGGUAAUGAUGAGUAUCUUUUUGAUAUUGGAAAUAACUGCAGCAACAGUACUCUCUGGGAUGGACUUUCGACUCUCAUGCCGGAUGCACAGACAAGUUCCUGCGAUGUUGUGAAGGAUGGUGGUUUUACUAUUGAUGCUGCUGAGUUUGGCAAUAUAGGGAGAUUCAUUAACCAUAGUUGCUCACCUAAUAUAAUUGCACAGAACGUCCUUUAUGAUCACCAUGACACCAGAAUGCCUCACAUAAUGUUCUUUGCUGCUGAUAACAUUCCUCCUUUGCAAGAGCUGACCUACGAUUACAAUUACCAACUAGAUCAAGUCCGCGAUUCUGAUGGUAAUAUAAAAAGGAAGUAUUGUUACUGUGGUUCUGCUGAAUGUACUGGCAGGAUGUAUUGAUCAAUAGAAUCGUGUUUUUUGUAGCCUAGUGCAAACUUCAUUAAUAUCAAACAAAUUCCAACUUGAAUUUCAGCAA